AUAUAUAUAUAUACACAUUAGGCUAGAAAAAGAAAUUCCACUGCUAGCAGCUCUUAUAGCUGUGGGUUUGUGGGGUUUGUUGCUCAUCAUCCUUUUUAAUUUAUUCGCUUAAAAUUUGUAUUUACAGAGAAAGAAAAAAAGAAAAUUGCCUCGAUAUUCACCACCGGCUCGACAAACGAUCUCUCCGGGAAAAGUAACACAAGCCCAGAUUCCACCACCCCCUAUUCUCUCUCUCUCUCUCUCUCUCUCUCUCUCUCUCUCUCUCCGUGACUUGUCAUUGCAUUAGGUGACAAUCUCCAUUGCCAGAUGGUGAAAUGCCCUUUACACGAUUUGAUCUCUCAAUCUCCGUCGCACUAUUUUUCAUCGAAUCCCAUUUAUAUUAAUAACAAUAGCAACAGCAGCACCACUGUGAUCUUCGCUCCGCUUGUAUCAAUUGAUUCCAGCCAUCGCCAUAAUUUUCGCGGCUCGGAGAUUGAUAUCUGUAAAUUAAUAUUAUGGGUAUCAAUCUAUUACCAUCGUUAUUCUUCGCCGCCGCAUCUGAAUCACCACAGACCAACCACCUCCCGGAGACAAUCCACCGCGUCCCGAUUCUAGAAUUAGCCUCCGUCUGCAUCAAUUUGACGCUGCUCCUCGUCUUCCUCUUCAUCGUAUCCGCCCGGCAGGUUUUCGUCUGCUUCGGCCGGAUUCGAGUCACCAAGGAGGACUCCUCCAACCACGCCGCCCUCCGGCGGAGGGCGGCGGCGGCGGCGGCGGCGGACCGUGAGGAAAUCCAGAGCCUCGUGGUUAGCAGAAGCUACAAAGCCACACUCUUUUGCAGCUUCUAUAUUCUGCUUGUGCAAGUUUCUGUAUUGGGGUUUGAUGGGUUUCGUCUGAUAAAAGAGGCGACUCAGGGCACGGGCAAACAAACACAUUGGACUGUUCUGCUGCUGCCCGCUGCCCAGAGUUUAGCUUGGUUUGUUCUUAGCUUCUCUGCCCUGUACUGUAAAUACAAAUUCUCCGAGAAAUUCCCAUUGUUGCUGAGGAUUUGGUGGCUUACAUCUUUUGUGCUGUGUUUGUCUACUCUGUAUGGUGAUGGUAGAGGGUUUUCUACAGAAGGGUCAGCCCAUUUGAGCUCUCAUGUCUUGGGGAAUUUCGCCGUCACGCCGCCGCUUUCUUUUCUGUUUUUUAUAGCGAUUAGCGGUUUCACGGGUAUCCAAGUAAGCCGAAACUCGGAUCUGCAAGAGCCGUUGCUGCUCGAGGAAGAAGCCGGAUGUCUCAAAGUCACCCCCUACAGCGAUGCUGGUAUUUUCAGUUUAGUCACUCUCUCGUGGCUGAAUCCGCUCCUCUCGACCGGAGCGAAAAGACCGCUCGAGCUCAAAGACAUUCCCUUGCUCGCUCCGAAAGAUCGCUCCAAAACCAACUACAAAGCACUGAACUCGAAUUGGGAGAAGUUAAAGGCCGAAGACCCUGUAAAGAAACCCUCUUUAGCUUGGGCUAUCUUCAAGACUUUCUGGAAAGAAGCUGCAUGCAAUGGGAUAUUCGCAGGGGCGAGCACCCUCGUUUCCUACGUGGGCCCGUACUUGAUUAGGUACUUUGUUGAUUAUCUAGGUGGCAACGAGACUUCCCCACACGAGGGUUACGUUCUUGCUGCGAUUUUCUUUAGUGCAAAGCUGGUCGAGACCUUCACAACUCGACAGUGGUAUUUAGGUGUCGACAUUUUGGGCAUGCAUGUGAGAUCGGCUCUCACUGCAAUGGUGUACAGAAAGGGGCUUCGGCUUUCUAGCUCGGCUAGGCAGAGCCACACGAGCGGAGAGAUAGUCAACUACAUGGCGGUUGAUGUUCAAAGAGUGGGCGACUAUUCUUGGUAUUUGCACGAUAUAUGGAUGCUUCCCUUACAAAUUAUACUCGCGCUCGCGAUUCUGUACCAGAAUGUCGGAAUUGCAUCUGUUGCGACACUUAUUGCCACCAUUGUGUCGAUUGUUGCGACUGUUCCUUUGGCCAGGGUUCAAGAGGAUUACCAAGACAAGUUAAUGGCGGCAAAAGACGAUCGAAUGAGGAAAACUUCCGAAUGCCUUAGAAAUAUGAGGAUCCUCAAAUCGCAGGCUUGGGAGGAAAGAUACCGAGUGAUGCUCGAAGAGAUGCGUAGUGUGGAGUUUAAGUACCUCAAGAAAGCUCUCUACUCGCAGGCUUUCAUCACGUUUAUUUUCUGGAGCUCGCCUAUUUUCGUGUCGGCUAUUACUUUCGGCACUUGCGUCUUGUUGGGCGGUCAGCUGACAGCUGGCAGCGUUCUUUCGGCUUUGGCUACUUUCCGGAUACUGCAAGAGCCGCUUAGAAAUUUCCCCGACUUGGUUUCGAUGAUGGCUCAAACUAAAGUCUCGCUCGAUCGAAUAACGGAAUUCUUGGAGGAGGAAGAGCUGAGAGAAGAUGCAACCAUUGCCUUGCCACGUGGUAUUUCGAAUGUGGCCAUAGAAAUUAAAGAUGGAGAAUUCGGGUGGGACCCGUCUUCGUCAAAUCCGACCCUUUCGGGUAUACAAUUCAGAGUAGAGAGAGGAAUGUGUGUGGCUGUAUGUGGUGUGGUUGGUUCGGGGAAAUCUAGCUUCCUUUCUAGUAUACUUGGUGAGAUUCCAAAAAUAUCCGGUGAAGUUAGAAUAUGCGGUUCUGCUGCAUACGUAUCUCAAUCUGCGUGGAUACAAUCAGGGAAUAUAGAGGAGAAUAUUCUCUUUGGAAGUCAGAUGGAUAAGGCGAAAUACAAGCGUGUUAUUCAUGCUUGUUCGUUGAAGAGGGAUCUGGAGCUGUUUUCGCACGGUGAUCAAACUAUUAUUGGAGAUCGAGGCAUAAAUCUUAGUGGCGGUCAGAAGCAAAGGGUGCAACUUGCCAGGGCUUUAUAUCACGAUGCGGAUAUUUAUUUACUGGAUGAUCCCUUUAGUGCAGUUGAUGCACACACUGGCUCGGAGUUAUUUAAGGAGUAUAUACUGAUGGCGUUAGCUACAAAGACUGUUGUCUUUGUUACUCAUCAAGUUGAAUUUUUGCCUGCCGCCGACUUGAUUUUGGUUCUAAAGGAAGGCCGUAUUAUCCAAGCAGGAAAAUACGACGAACUUCUGCAAGCAGGAACAGAUUUCAACGCACUAGUCUCCGCCCAUCACGAAGCAAUCGAAGCAAUGGAUUUUUGCAGCCAACCCUCCGAAGAAUCGGAGACACACUACCCACCCGACAGUUCAGUUCUCAUGAGCAAGAAAUGCGAAUCGGUUGGUAAUAACAUCGCAGCCAUGGCAGACGAAGUCGAACAAACUAGUACACCCUCAACUUCAGACCAGAACAAAGCAAUCAAGGAAAAGAAGAAAGCCAAACGUUCUAGAAGAAAGCAGCUCGUGCAGGACGAAGAACGAGAGCGAGGCAGAGUCAGCAUGAAAGUGUAUCUAUCGUAUAUGACUGCUGCUUAUAAGGGGCUUUUGAUUCCGUGUAUUAUACUUGCACAGACGUUGUUUCAGGUCCUGCAAAUAGCGAGUAGUUGGUGGAUGGCUUGGGCCAACCCUCAAACUGCGGGCGAUAAAGCGAAAACGAGUAGUAUGGUUCUUAUUGUCGUAUAUAUGGCGCUUGCUUUUGGCAGUUCUUGGUUCAUAUUUAUCAGGGCUGUUCUUGUCGCCACUUUUGGCCUCGCUGCUGCUCAGAAAUUGUUUCUGAAAAUGCUCCGAAAUGUUUUUCGUGCUCCCAUGUCUUUCUUCGACUCUACGCCAGCUGGCCGCAUACUUAAUCGCGUGUCGAUUGAUCAAAGUGUUGUGGAUCUUGAUAUUCCGUUCAGACUCGGUGGAUUUGCUUCGACGACAAUUCAACUUCUUGGUAUCGUAGGUGUUAUGACACAGGUGACCUGGCAGAUUCUUCUUCUUGUUGUUCCAAUGGCAAUUGCGUGCUUGUGGAUGCAGAAAUAUUAUAUGGCUUCAUCGAGAGAACUAGUUCGUAUUGUUAGCAUCCAGAAAUCGCCGGUGAUUCAUCUCUUUGCGGAAUCGAUUGCUGGAGCAGCUACAAUUAGAGGGUUUGGGCAAGAAAAGAGAUUUAUGAAGAGGAAUCUUUAUCUACUCGACUGCUUUUCCCGACCAUUCUUUUGCAGUCUUUCAGCUAUCGAAUGGCUUUGCUUGCGCAUGGAGUUGCUCUCCACAAUCGUGUUUGCCUUUUGCAUGAUUUUACUUGUGAGCUUCCCACAUGGUACUAUUGAUCCAAGUAUGGCGGGUCUUGCUGUGACAUACGGCCUCAAUUUGAAUGCCCGUUUAUCGAGAUGGAUACUCAGUUUUUGCAAGCUCGAAAACAAAAUAAUCUCCAUAGAAAGGAUUCAUCAAUACUGCCACAUACCUAGUGAAGCACCUGCAUUUAUCGAAGACUCGCGCCCCCCUUCCUCGUGGCCUGAAUAUGGCGAAAUCGAAUUAGUUGAUUUAAAGGUUCGUUACAAGGAGAGUCUUCCUGUGGUGCUGCAUGGUGUCUCUUGCAUAUUUCCUGGUGGUCAGAAAAUCGGAAUAGUGGGUCGUACUGGAAGUGGCAAAUCUACCUUAAUUCAGGCCCUAUUUCGAUUGAUUGAGCCAGCUGGCGGUAAAAUAAUUAUCGACAAUAUUGAUAUAUCCACAAUCGGUCUUCAUGACCUUCGAAGCAAGUUGGGUAUCAUACCCCAAGACCCCAUAUUAUUUGAAGGAACUAUUAGAGGCAAUCUUGAUCCACUCGAAGAGCAUUCUGAUCAAGAUAUUUGGGAGGCUCUUGAUAAGUCUCAGUUAGGAGACAUAGUUCGCCAGAAAGAGCAUAAACUCGAUACGCCAGUUUUAGAAAACGGAGAUAAUUGGAGCGUGGGGCAACGGCAGUUAGUAUCUCUAGGUAGGGCUUUGCUUAAACAGGCAAAGAUUUUGGUUCUUGACGAAGCUACAGCCUCGGUUGACUCAGCCACAGAUAACCUUAUCCAAAAGAUUAUAAGAACGGAAUUCAAGAAUUGCACCGUUUGCACUAUCGCUCAUCGAAUUCCUACUGUUAUUGACAGCGACCUCGUUUUGGUCCUAAGUGAUGGUAGAGUGGCGGAGUUUGAUACCCCGUCGAGGUUAUUAGAGGACAAGUCUUCGAUGUUUCUUAAGCUUGUGUCUGAAUACUCAUCAAGAUGAAACGGGGUUCUUGAUAUUUUAUCUUUGUGCAUGAAAUUCUUGUGAAAACGGGAACAAGAGCACUAAUCGAGUUCUAUAUCAGAAAAAAACCGGAUUUGCCAUAUUGCUGCUCUGGUAAUGCAUUCGGCAGAUGAAUGAGAAAAAAACAUGCGAAUCUUGAUUGCCAUGGAGAAAUGGAAAGCCCAAGUGGAAAAGAAAGAGAUUAAUUAGUGUGAAAUUAAAAAUGGGAUUAGUAUAAUCUUAUUAAUGGGGGAACUUCUUACAAGCUCCAAAUAUGUACAUAGAAUAAGUUUGUUUGUAGGAAGAGUGGCGGUUUGCCAUCAACUAAGGAGCGGCUUCAUGUGCAAUAAGACAAGACUUUUUUAGAUUUUUUUUAUUUUAUUUUAUUUUUUAUUUAUUUUUGGCAGCAAAUUUUGUAAUGUACUUACUACUUGUAGUUGUAGUUGGAGGA